GUACAAACUGAAGAUAGUGUCCUGUUGUUUGUGGUGGCCUGGACAAUCACAGAGAUAAUCCGUUACUCUUUUUAUACAUUUAGCUUGUUAAAUCAUCUCCCUUAUCUCAUCAAAUGGGCCAGGUACACUUUGUUUAUAGUUUUGUAUCCAAUGGGAGUCACAGGCGAAUUACUCACAAUAUAUGCUGCAUUACCCUUCGUCAGGCAGUCUGGCUUGUAUUCCAUUAGUUUACCUAACAAGUACAAUUUUUCUUUUGACUACUAUACAUUCCUGAUUCUGGUUAUGAUCUCCUAUAUUCCAGUCUUUCCUCAGCUGUAUUUUCAUAUGCUACAUCAGAGGCGAAAGGUACUCUCCCACACUGAAGAACACAAGAAGUCGGAAUAAUUCCAACUCUUUUUUCAGAACUUUUCAAACAUCAAAAUGCUGCAGAUUUUCAAUACCCAGCACAUUUAUAAAGAAUAUACCAAGAUGAAAUAAGUCAGGGGUAAAAGACCAAUAAUUUGCAAGAAUAACCAACAAAUCUGACUUCACUGAAAUUCCACGAUGUAAAACACUGAAAUAAUUUUUCAGCUUGCAGUGCUUCAGAAAACUUUUAAACUUUAUACGGCUUGGCAGUUAGCCUUUUCCUUAAAUGAUGUGCUAAAUGGUUUUCAUUUAUUACUAAAUGCUUGAAGGUUGCAGUAUGAGUGAUGAAGUUGUACCCACUAAAUGCUUGAAUUGGGAUUAUAUUACUGAUACCUCUUUUUUUAAGUGCUUGACUGCAUGCCACAAACUGUAUGUAUUGCUGUGGAAGCAAACAAUAUGCUCUGGAGUACUUCAGGAUUUUGUCAGAGACUCCAGUGGAGAAUGUAAUCCGGGCAAAGUGUUUGAAUUUAGAAAGGUAGGUGUGUAUUUAAAAGGUGAUGGGAACAAGAACAGGAAACCAAUUAUGGGAAAUGAGGGGAAUGUGGUUCUUCAGGAAUUUAAACAGUAGGGUGUCUGAAGAGAGUGUGUUCUCUGAAGAUCCUGUUUAAACUGAUUACUCAAAUGCUAAUGUUAAUUCAGAGGCUAUAAUGCUUAUCUGAAACAUUCAAACUUCUUUAAGUACUGCAUCCCUGGAUACUUCUUAAAAUAUU